CGUCCGGUUAAACGACUGAAACGAAACUAACAGCGAGAGGUUAGCAGCCUUUGUUCUGCAUUGUGGUUGGUGUUUAAUUCAUUUUCCCUGCUUUAUUUAUCUUUGGAUGAAGGCAUCUCCAAAGCUUGAUCGUUUAUGCCCAGACAAAACAAAAUGUCAAAGGAGCAAGAACUGGGAUUUGUGUCCUGAAGAGCUACAUAAGUGAUGGGAGUUAAUUGUGUAACACAAGAACAUGAUGGGUGGAAUACGCUGACGUAAGCGGUCAUUUUGUGUGGCUGCCCAGAGUGACCAGUAGCUACAGUUGAAUGGAUAGCGACACGUUUUAUUCACUUGUGUUUGGUUAUUGAUUUCGCUGGUUGGAUUUAGUAGUGUCGGCGCAGUUUGUUUCAAAUUAUCUGUCGGUCCGGAGCCCUGAAGCUCUUGGUUCGCCUCGUGUUUCUCGUGUAGCCCUCCCACGCCAGUGUCCUGUCUCACACAUGGUGCAGUAUGGACACUAGCUGCAAGGAGACGGGAGGCGCCAGGAACUCCCCCGCCAGCAAGAAUGGCUGCGCCGCCCAGCACCACGAGGACGAGAACGCCUCCUCCGACAUGAACGAGGUGGACUUCGACAAGAACGACCAGGACUCGGUGCAGGGCAGCCCGAAGAGCUCGGACAAGAAGAAGGUGGUCAAGAAGAAAGUGUCCAAGCCUUCGGCCAAGCUCAUCCUGGACAAGAAAAAAUUGGAGCAGUACGUCGGGGAGGGGGAGGUGCUGGUGCCCGUUCCCCGCGCCAGGCGUAGGCUCAAAGGCAAUGAUCUUGGAUAUAUGGUCAAGUGUGGUGAGGACGUGGUGCGCUACAUCGACAAAGAUGGGAUAGUAUAUAAUCCAAAUGAUACUGCCUACUUACAGAACCGUGAGAAAGGCAAACCUUACUUCGUGUGCGCCAUUCAGAGAUUUAAUCUGACUAAACGAGACACGCUGAUGGUUGGGAUUAAAUGGUUCUUUCGCCUGUCUGAGGUUCCUGGCAGUGUCUACCACCACUUGACAUUGGAUAGAGAGCUACACCGUAAGAACGGCGAAGAUUUCAUUCACGAUACGUCCAUCCAACAGAGAGAAUUAUUUUCUUCAGAAGCCACGGACACGUUACCCAUUACGUCAUUGCGGGGCAAGUGUCACGUGGUCCAGUAUACUGAUCUCAGGUCAGCCUGCAGCUUCGUCCCCAGUCCCGACCAUUUCUUCUACAUUCUUGCAUACAGACCGGACAAUCGUAGGCUGGCUACUACGCAGGGCGAGAUCAGGGUGGGGCCGAGCCAUCAGGCUCGGCUACCAGAAUGUAAACCAGACACCAACCCAGCGGACAUGCCUGAGAAGUGUGAGCACCGCGAGGAGAUACGGUGGCGCCCCAACAGGGUGGUGGACGGAGACCUGCUGAUGUACUUGGGGGCUGCAAGGAGUAUAGCGGCCUUCGCAGGCAUGUGUGGGGGCACCGCUGAGGAUAGGUGCGAAGCGGAAGCCAUGGAUGAGACCACCGCCAACGCCCUGGACACGCUUCACAAACACAACUAUGACACAUCCAAGUCUCUCCAGGCUCUAGUCAAAGGUCCGUCUGUCAUGUACACAGAGAAGAAGUGGAACGAAGAAGAUAUUAAACGAUUUGCCAAGGGCCUGCGUCAUUUAGGCAAGAACUUCUUUAAGAUAAGGAAGGAGCAUUUGCCUCACAAAGAUACGAGUGAGUUGGUGGAAUUCUACUACUUCUGGAAGAAGUCUCCUGCAGCCAACAACUCCAGGCCAACUUACAGGAGCAGACAUCGCAGACAGCUCAAGAGGCAAAGUCCAAGGAAUAAUCAGCCAGACAACGAAGUCAGCACUGGCAGUGAGUCAGCAGGUGAAGAGUCUGAGGAAAGUGAUGCAAGUCGUGAUGUAGCCAGCAGGUGUCAGCGUUGUUUCACCACAAGCUCCAAAGACUGGCACAAUGUUAAAGAAGGAGGAGUUUUGUGUACAAAAUGUCGCCUGUCCUACAAGAAGUAUGGGGAGGAAUCGGGAGUAGACUCACCACCCCCCAGCACAAGCCCAGACCAAUACUUCAACCCCGUCCCAGAGGACGAGGAAAGCACCCCCUCUAAGCACAAUAUGCGCACACGUCGCAGUAAUAAUACAUCAUCAACAAACGGAAAGAAGAAAGAAAUCAAUAGCGUAAGCAGUCCGGACGUGGAAACCGCCCAGUCCACAAACACGACUCCCCAAACAACCAAUAACAAUAAAGGUGCCAGAAAAUCACCAACCAUCCCCACAGCUGACAAAGAAAUCAGAAAGUCAAGCCAGAAGAACAAAGAUUCCAGUUCUGGUAAAACAAAGAAAAGAAAAUUGAAUACUGAAGAUAACGGUGCCAGAGUCAGCAAGAAAAAGAAGGACAGAUCAGAGUCAGAGUCUGGGACUGAGAGUAGUUCUGUAUCAGGUACAGAGGAUCUUGGAAACGAGGCUGAUUCAGACGAUAAUAUCCAGGAGGAGUUAAGUAGUAGCUCUCGACCUUCCAGCCCAAGUUCUGUAGAGAGAGGCUUCAAACCACUACAGCCUCAGCCACCAACACCAGGAACACUUCAGGUUGUGCCCACACCUGGUUCUCCUAACAACAAACCAGUUACAUCACCUGAGACUGUCCUACCGUCAGUGACACCUGCCAUCAAUACAUUACCUCCAGUAUCAACACCAGUCCAGGUGACUGUCACCAAACCCCAGCCUGUUUUACAGACAGUGCCCACACUGCAGACAACACAGCAGUUCCAGCCAUUUGUCCAGACGUCUGUGGUGACUCAAGCAUUGCCAUCGCAGACUGCUAGCCUUGGACAAGGAAAUCUUGUCUCUGCGUCCACCACACCCACACCACCAGCCUCAGUGACUCCUUCUGGUGGAAACACCCACCAUCGCCCAGUGAGACAUUCAUCUCCACUGCCUGUGUUUAAACCAGGCAUCACUGCCCCAGUAAAUAUAACCAACCUCGGAGCACUGACCAGCGGCAGUCAGGGCAGCCUAGUAGCGCCAUCUACGUGCAAUCUAUCUUCCCCACUUGUGGUUCCCACACCACCACUCAGUCGGGCAUCAUCCACUGGGACAUUCAUCCCACAAACCGAACUGUCUGUGCCCAAUUUAAGCACAGUGACAACUGCUACCCCAAAAACUACUACAGCCCCUUCUUCUGUGGAUACUGUUAUAUCAUCGUCGCCUCUGACCAGUAGGUCUACAGUCAUCUCCACUAGUAACAACUCUAGUAGCAUAAACUUCAAUCAUUCACUCAGCAGAAUGCAGGAUCCAAAUGAGGAGCAGGAUAAGAAGCCUAUUGUACCGGCUUUCCUGCCACCACCUCCAGGCUCAGUGCCAUUCUCUUAUCACCACCCAUACUACUUUGGGCCCCAUCCAGGGGCAGCACACCUGCCACAUCUGCAUCCACCUAUGGGUAUGGCUGUGCCAUCAGCUGUAGUAGGGAACCCUCAUCAGCCCCCACCUGUGCCAAGUUUGGUACCUAUCAAAAAAGAGCCGCAUUCACCACCUCCCCCAUUGAAGCCAUCUGAGAAGGCAUCAGAUUUGUCAACUGGGUCAUCGUCACAUCACCUUCAUCGACCACACCCAGAAAACCCUGGGAAGCUGCCGCACAGCUAUUCCCAACCUAGUCUCUCCUCCUCUGCUCCACUCCCACCACCCCCUCUCACAGUCAUCGACCCUAGGGAUUCUAUAAUCAAGUCUGAAGACCUGUCUAAGCCAGAUCCAUACUCCAAAGACAGUCACAGGGGCCUGCAACAGUCCCCUCACCGCCCAGACAGUCUGCCCCCAUCAGUGUUACAUCGGGACUCGAGACUGGAUAGCAGACUGGACAAUCUAAGUGUUUUGCAGGAGUCAAGAGCUAUAGGAUUAGCUGGAGGUCUAAAUCCACCUCCUGGAUCACAGCUUCACAAAGAUGACCCCCGGUCAUUGCCAGCAGCAUUCCAGCCUUACUCCCACCACACAUUGGCCACGUCUUCCUCUGUGGGCCUCUCUCAUCAUUCGGUCAGCUCUGUGCUUCAGGUGCCCCAACCCCACCUCUCAGCUGACCAGUCACACAUGGCCUCCACCUUGCAUCCUUCCCAAUCCCACAUGUCAGACUCUGGUCACCACCCAAUGUCCAGGUCUAUGCCGGACAUGGAAAAUGUGAUAAAAAAGGAGCCCAUCAAUGUGGAUGAAAUUGAUGUGGAUGAAGAUGAGGAUGAUGGUAUCAGAGGUGGAUCCUUGACACCAGGCCCCACACCCACUCCAUGCAAUAGAGAAAUUUACAAGAGCAAGAAUGCAAUCUUUGUGAAGAUCUUUGAUAGAGGAGACAGGAAUCAGUGCACACGUACAGACUUUAUAUUCAGGCCUUUGUCCGACUCUAGUUUGGCUAAGAAAAGGGAGGAGAGAAGUAGGAAGCCAUCUCAGUCUUCUGCAAUGAAGGAAGAAAAGAAAAGAGUGGAAACUCCGCCUAGAGCUUUAUCUGCAUCCGAAGGUCAGAAGUCAUCCAGCAGCAGUGGUAGCAGCAGUGGCAAUCCUCAUGGCAUGAGUGUUGGAGGUGGUGGUUUUCAAGAGCGCCAUACACCUAGACCAUUUGCUGACACACCUGCCCUGCGACAGCUUCACGAGUAUGCUAGGCCCCAUGUCUAUGCAAGGGAAGGUUUAGAAGAUGGUUGGCCAUCUUUACGUUUCACUGGUCAGGAUCUGAGAAGCCCGUAUACUAUUCCUGGUCUGGCCCACCACCCUCAGAUGGACCCAUUGAUGGGCUACAGAUUGGGCAUGUUCCCUCCUGGGUCCAGGGAGCGUCUGGAGAUGGAGUUGGAGAGAGACAAGAGGGAAAGGGAUGCCAGAGAACGAGAAAUGCGAGAGCGUGAACUCCGUGACCUUGAGUUGCGAGAGAAGAUGAAACAGGACAUGGAGCUAAAACCUGAGAUGGAACAUUUACUCCUCCCUUAUUUAGGUUUGGACCGCCUCCUGCCACCAGGAGCUGCCAAUCAACUGACUGAUCCCAACUGGCUAGACUUGCAGCGGCGCAUGGUGUUUCCUCCAGGCACAGCAGGUCACCUUAUACCACAUGCAGGACCAAGUGGAGCAGGCUCACAUCUUCCUGGGGUCUACCCUCCUGUUAGCCUAGCAAGUGAUUUAUUGGCUAGAGAAAGAGAGAAGCUAGACAGAUUAGCAGGAAUAACAGUCAGCCUUCCUCAAUUGGCUGAAAUGUCUUAUGCUAGUGCUGUUGAACGCCUGUCCCAAGAACGUCAAGCUGCAGAACGGCAGGCUGCUGAGCGGGAGCGAGACCGGGAGCGAUUCACUGCCCUUGCCAACGAUCCAGUGGCUCGACUGCAGUUAGCUGGAGCAGCAGCAGCCACUCAGCAUGCCCACACCCACACACAUGCCCACUCACAUACACAUCUGCACCUCCACCAACAAGAGGUGGCCCAUGCCCAGGCUGUGGCCCACGCCCAGGCUCAUGGAUUAGCACCGCCAGCAUUCCCCUUACCGCUUGCCGCUCAUGCUGCCCACCUGUACCCUCACCAUCUGACUGCUGGACCAGGUGCCGACCCAUUGGCUGCUGGACCUGGAGCCAGUGUUCCAGGGGGAGCUAACAACCCAUUGUCAGUGUUACCUUCAGGAGUGCCCCAUCCACUCCUAGCUGCAGCUAACAACAGGGAGGAACUUCUUCAAAGAGAGUUGUACAGUCGAGGGGGGCCUUUCUUAGACCCAGCUCUGGCUCAGCAGUUACAUGCUCAAGCUGCGGCCCAUGAAGCUCUAGUUCAAAGACAUAUUGCAAUGGAAAGGGAAAGGUUUGGUUCAUCAGGUCACCUACCUCAUUAAUCCAUUGACCCUUUGACUGAUUACUGCCAGGUGUUCAAGUGGGACAGAUUUCAGGCUCCAUUUCCAGGGGUGAACUACAAAACUUGUAAAACAUUAAAUAUGUUGUGUGCAAAACGUGCACAGUACAUAAUUGUAUUGUUUCUGUGAGACUGGUCAUUUGGUGUAUCCAGUGCUUUAAGGAAGUGCACAUAAUCAAACAGUUGACCACUGGAGAACACAGUUUUUGGCAGGACAGAUACAACUUAUGUGUUUCAACAAUUUUGUUUAGUUCUUUGUUCUGCUGUAGUCAUUGUGUUAAUGUACCAUGUAGUGUCUGUUAAAACAAAAAAUAGUUGUUUGUACAUAUUGGUUUAUUACUGGUUGCUUAUACAUAUACAUAUUAUUAUAAUAUACAUUUCUUAUAUUUAUUAUAUAUACAUGUAUAUAUACACCCUAGGUGGCAGCAACCACUGACAUGUUAGUCUAGUAAUCUUCCCCUCUACAAUGUGGACACAUCCUCCUAGUUGUCCCACCCCCCCUGUGAGUACACUCCCCAUCUACAGCAGCUGGUUAGUCUCUGUUAUGUAUAUAGGUCAACCUUAUAUAAGAAGUAUUAUGGACAAAAUUGCUUUACAUGUAACAAACAAACAAAACAGGCCAAAUUUUUUUUUUUAUAUUUUGUUUUUGUUCAUUGCAUCUCUACAUAGAAUGGUAACUCAGAUCAUGUGACUGUCUUUUGUUGUUGUUGUUUUUUUUUUUUUUUUUUUUUCACUUUGUAUUCAACUGUGAUUUUUUUUGUGUGUAAUCUCCUGGCUGCCAACCAUGUAUAUUUUUUGAUCUAUUAGAUUUAUGUUUGAAUCGUGAGAAAUCACAUUGAGUUCACAUCGCAAACUUGAUAGUCUAAUAAUCCUUAUUGGAAAACCCAUCAUCAUGCUAGGUGUGGGUAUGCCAAAUGUGAACCCGUUCUAUAUGGAGAAUCAAAAACAUUUUUUGUUCAAUUACCUUAACAUCAAAGAGAGUUUUUUUUAAAUAUUGUUCUUAUGAUUUUCAGUCAUUACGUGUUCAAUCAUAAAAUGUGGGAUCAAUUUGGUUGCUUGAAUUAUGUGUUUUCAUUUUCAUUCCUUUAAAUGUUCUCAAGGCCAUCACUGUGGUCACUUGUGGUGCUAGUAGUCUAAAAAAAAGAAGUCAAUUUCAUUUUUUUUUUAAGACUUGAGUCUAGUAUUGAAGAACACAUUUGAAAAAAAUUAAUUCUUCCAAUAUUAUAUAUUUUGUUUGAAAAUCUUUGAAUUGCAAAUGUAACAUAAUGAUAAAAGAGAGUAACUGGCCUAGACAAAGCCUAAUCUAUACUCAAACCUUGUCCUUACACAUCUGUUCAUAAUGUUAUUAAACACUAAGAACCUUUUGUAUACACUAUGUUUGCCAAAGGCGACUAGAGAAUAGUUAAAGCACCAAACUGUGUUGGAAAAAAUAAAACAAAUUUGUCAUCUCAAAACAUUUUUGGGGUUGUUUGUAUUUUGCUUCUUGGGGUGUUCUUAUGUUGUUGUUUUUUCUUAGCCAAGAGCCAUGACAUUUUCUAAACAAGAAAUUUUUGUUUCCAUCCUAUAAAAAUAUUUGAUGUUCAUUUUUGUCCUUGUCCUGUCAAGUGAUUGCAUAAUGACAGGUGUAAGACCUGCGAACACUAUGUGUUUUAACAUCACCUGUACUAUUGAACUAGCUUGAAGAGUCAACUACUGGUGGACAAUGUCUUUUUUUUUUCCUCCGGUUGUCCAUUUUGUUUUGAAUUGAUUGUGUUCCCUCUAUGAGGCUCCAAUAGAAGACUUGAAUUGUUAUUGCUUCAUCAUGCUAAUCACAAUCUAAUAAGGACUCACACUCAGCAAUGCUGUGAGUUUAUAUGCAUACCGUGCUAAUAAAUUACAGUUAUUGGUUUAGCCAAGUUGAUGAAAUAUUGUAUGAUAAUUUUUUUUUUUACUUUAUGGUACUUCACAUGAUUUUCUGCAUUUGUGAAUUGUUUUGAAAUAUUUAUUUCAACUAAUUUUGUCAGUUCCUUUGUUUGUAAUGAGCAUUCUUAUGUACUAAACAGAAAGGAAAAUUCUAUUAGAACUUUGUUUAUAAAUUGGCUGAUGUGUAUCAUCUUGUUAUUCCAAUCAUGCAUUUGUUGUUCCCAUCAUGCAUCUGUUAUUAUUCAAAUAUGAAUAUGAUAGGUCUAUACAAACAAAUAUUGUCUAUAUCUAUCUUAUGAAUGUUUAUGUAUAUUCUUGUAUACACAUAUGGCUAAUUUUGUUUUCUAUUUGUAUAGUCAAUGUUCUGAGUUGACUGUUUGACUUUUGUUUAAACAAGUCACCAGCUCAGAGGCUGAAGUGCAGACAAAGUAUGACUUUUGUGAUAUUGAAUUGGAUUCCAGGUGUAGCAUGGUAGCACCUGUCACAUAGCUGUGGCAUAGUGGCACUUGUGAUGUCAGCCUAAACUGGGACAGCCUCCCCAGCCUAGAUCAUUUGUCACACAUCUCAUGAAAGUCUGUUCUUAAUCUAAAUUCUGUUAGGGCCAAUAACUCAAGCCAGAGCUGUGACUGGUCACCGAUGUGUGGGCGUUGGCUUUGAUUCUGUUGCUGUAUUUAGUUCCCAACCUUUUUAUUCAGUAUCUCCUUUGUGUUCCCUGUAGGUUAUUUCAAAGUUGGCAAUUUCUUUCCUAGCUGUUUCCAUGGUAACAAAGCUAUAUUAUGUAAUCAUGUCUGUAUUGAGACUUGUAUAUAUUAUCUAUAUGGAGACUAUUGGUCUCCAGAAGAAACUGUUUGUGCUUUUAUUUAUUAUUUUGUCUACAUUUGCUAAGAUAAGGUACAAGUCAACAUCUUAUAAGGUACAUGUCAAUAUCUUAUCUUAGAUUGGACUCAAUUUUUUGUUUUUAUUUUUGGUUCUACUUUUAUGUACUUUUUAUUUUUUGGUGAUUUUGUACAAUAAAAAAAAAAAACAACUGCA